UCUCUCUCUCUCUCUCUCUCUCUCUCUCUCUCUCUCUCUCUCUCUCCGCUCCGGUCAAGUUUUUUUCUCUCAGCGUCGUCAGUUGCACACGAGAAGCCGAGAGGUGAGGACGUUACGUCACUGCCUCUUGCUGCCGGCACCACCUCGCUCCCUCUCUCACUUCACCUUCCCGCCGUAACACACCCAGGCGCCGCGCACAUACCGGCCCAAUAGUGAGAGCAGGAGCCGGCCGGAAUACUACAUCAGUGGGGCAGCCAAGCUAAUACGGUGCCGGCGUCUUGCACCAUGAGAAGUCGAAGCAGCAUGGAGGUGGUGAUGAUGGUGAUGGUGAUGGUGAUGGUGGUGGUGAUGGUGGACCGAGUGGACGGAGGGAGGCGUGAAAAACGUUUCCUCUUUAUCAACCCAGACGCUCCCAUCACACUAGGUUUCAUCCUCAACAUGCCCAUCUCCCUCGCCCUGCCCACCCUGGCGCCAAAGAGCGGUAGGGCCCUGCAGGAGGUGGGGCUGAGGGGCGCGGCGGGGGGAUGGGGCGACUCGGAGGCGGAGAGCACUCGCCGCCGCCUGCACCCCCGCCCGGAGGAGCUGGCGUGGGACCCGGCCUACGAACAGCCCCUCUCGCGCCUCACUGCCUACUUCACACACCUCGAACUGCCAACUCUGCCCUGCCAAGAGCGCCUAUUAUGCGAGCUGUCCGCUGAGCCUGAAGCCUUUGACCCUAUUGACCAAAUCUUCAUGAAGGAGCUGAGAAUGCUGCACGGACCAGUGGAAACCUCAGAGGACUCCCUCAUCUGGCGCUACAUGAAGGCUUCAAGGGAAGGCUUUGGCGCACCCCUCAGGGAGUGUGCAGUCAUCUACUCGACCUGCCCGCUGCCCGCUGAACGCAUCCUUAACAUGCCGGUGCUCAAAGUCUGGCAGUACAUCGCCUCAAAACUGAACCUCCAGCUUGUAUAGUUGAUUCGUCCCCCAUCACCCUCACUGUCACUCCCACCACCUCCGCCACCUUCACCACCUUCCUCAUGAAUCCACGGUUAUGAAUGUGUGAACCAGGCUGGACCUGCGUGUGUGUGUGUGUGUGUGUUAACGAAUGAUGUCUGGUGAUCUGGGUGUAUCUGCUUUUUAUAUAUAUAGACUAUAUAUAGAUGCUAGUAAGUUAUCUGGGGUGAGUUGCAUUCUUCUGACUGGACAGGACACUUCUUCAUGUAUGCAUGUUUCUGUGUUUAUUAAUGUUAGAAAUCUUGCCUAUAGAAUGCUCAAAAUGGAUUCAGGUUCAUGUCAGCCGCUCACAAAGUCUCCAGGCUCACACAUCAGCGACCAUGUCUCGCUGCUGUACCAAUAAAACAUAAUUUCUCAUACACAACAAUCGUCAGAUUUUUUUUAUUUUUUUUAUCACAGUCUUCAUGAUCCUUCUCGCCUUUUCAGAAAAUCACAUCAGCACUCCGAAUUCCAUUAGGUAGAAUAUAUUCCUCAGGAUUCCUAGGUUUUAAAGUUUCCCAAUUUUGUAUUUUUGUAAUUCUAUACUUUCACGGCUCUUGCCCCUAAGUGAGCGAGGUUGCCGGAUUCCCACUUGGCCCCCAGGAAGGGGAUGCAGACUGAGAAUACUUGUGUGGUGACAGGCAAUGCCCGAAGGUGAGAGGGUGAGGCAGCAUUAAGCCUUGUGUCUGACAGUCCAGGACUGGCUCACAGAUCUCUGUUGUUAAUUAACAAUGUGAGGCACAAGAGGCUGACACAAUCUCAUCAUGCUGUUCAUUGAAUAUUCAUGUGGCAUUAUGAUGG